AUGUCGAGGGGCGUACCAGGGGUGUACCCGACCGCGACUCGCGGCCACGCUCGCCCGUCAAUCGGCGACGAGGACGCCCUGGCGCCUCAUGCGCGAGAGCGCUUUGAGCGGCUCCGUAACGUCUCCUUUUGGGGCCACAUCGAUGCAGGAAAGACGACACUGACGGAGCGUGUCUUGUAUCUCUCUGGCGCGCUCUCGCCGCCGUCAGGCGCCGCCGGGCCUUCGACGGGAGCAGCAGCGGCAGGAGGCCCGAUGCCCGGCGAUGUCGACUCGGGCAGCACCGUGACGGACUUCCUCGAGGCGGAGCGUGAGCGCGGCAUCACGAUCCAGAGCGCCGCCGUCGGGCCCAUUUCCUGGAGCCCCUUGGGCGGGGCAUCGGCAAGGGAAAAAGGAGCCGAUGGAGGCAGGGUCGACAUCACGCUCGUCGACACGCCAGGCCACAUCGACUUUACAAUCGAGGUCGAGCGGAGCCUUCGAGUCGCCGACGGAUGCGUCGUUCUCGUCGAUGGCGUCGAAGGUGUGGAGAGCCAGACGGAAGGCGUGUGGAACAUUGCGCAGAGGUACAAUGUUCGAUCGCACAUCGUCUUUGUCAACAAGAUGGACCGCGUGGGCGCUUCUUUGAGGAAAAGUAUCGCUUCCAUAGUCGAGCGAGGGCUCCACCCUCGUCCGACCUUGCUGCAGCUCCCGGUCUACUCGACAUCGGCGUCUGCCAAGGCCAAUGGCGAAGACGAGGGCAUCGUGGGGCUGAUCGACCUGGUCGACGACAGCUUGCAUGUGCAUUUUUUUGGAGGGAAAGCAGGCGAGACUGUCGAACGGGUUGCGUUAGGCGAAGCGGUCAAACGCAGGCGCAUCGACCAGGCACUUGCUGAUGAGGCGCAUAGAGCGAGGGAGGCACUCGUCGAAGCCGUCGCGAGUCUGGACGAGGCGCUGCUCGAGCAUGUAUUGACCGAGAGCGAUGCAGGUACGGGAAGUGCCUCGGUCCCGACGCACCUCUUGCGACCGGCCAUUAGAAGACUGGUCGCCAAGGGGGAGAUCCUAGCGGUGCUUUGCGGCUCAGCGCACAAGAACGUCGGUGUGCAAAACGUCCUCGAUGCCAUUGCUUGGUACCUACCGAGCCCAACCGAAGCGGGCGACUUCGAUGCUUCUGCCAAGAGGGGUGAUGGCGAGCUCGCCGCGUUGGCGUUCAAGGUCGUCUGGGACAAGCGCAAAGGUCCCAUGACUUUUGUGCGAGUCUAUGCUGGUACGCUGUCAAGAACGUCAACGCUGCUCAACACGACGACACAAACAAAGGAGAGGCUGUCUAAGCUGCUUCUUCCUUAUGCCGACCAAUUCGUCGAAACAGAGGAGAUUGGGGCGGGACAGAUUGCCGUGCUGCUUGGGUUGAGAGAUACGAGGACGGGCGAUACACUGGUGGAUCUGCGAGCCUCAUCUUCAAAGACAACACCGGUGGAUGUCCCACCGCCAGUCUUUAGCAUGUCGGUCGAGGCCCUGUCCAAAUCGGACGAGUCGAACGUGAAGGAGGCUCUCGACAUGCUCGUUCGCACCGACCCCAGCUUGCGUCUUGACGAUGGCUCCUCUUCCUCCACUGACGGCAGCGGUGGACUCGGCGCCGCUGGCACUGGACAGACGGUGUUGAGUGGCAUGGGUGAGCUUCACCUCGAGAUCGCAAGGGACAGGCUCAAGGGCGAGUUUGGCGCAAAGGCCAAUCUGGGCGGCGUCAGGGUCAGCUAUCGAGAGACUAUUGCGGGCGAUGAUGAGGGGGUAGAAGGCGAGACACGGGUAGAAGAGGUUCUCGAUAGAGAGGUGAUGGGCAAGCCGCUCAAAGCUGGCCUUGAGCUGCGUCUGAAGCGGCUGAGCGCGCAAGAUGGUCCAGGCGACGACACGUUGGGCGGCAACAUCAUCGACAUUGAUCUCGACGAUGAGCUGCUGCGGGGAGGCAACGAACGCAGCGCAUCAGCCGUUGCAAAGCGGCCCGACGAGGUUCUGGACAGCACCGCGAUGCGGCAGGCGCUUCGGGCAGGCCUCGUUGCGAGUCUCUCGAGGGGCCCACUCACUUCGAACCCGCUCAGCGGACUUCACAUCUCCGUCUCGCACGUCCAGACCUUUGGGCAGGACCUCACACCGGCCAGGGCGCUGAGCCUCGCCGCAUCGUCUGCCCUGCGGAAAGCCGUCAAGGAGAGGGGCGCCAAGAUGAUGGAGCCCGUCAUGAAGCUCCGCGUAGAGUGUCAGGAAUCGCAUCUGGGGAAAGUCGUAGCAGACCUCACGAGCGAGCAGCACGGCGUGGUCGAGCAUGUAGACCACGAAGGUCUGGCCGAGCAGGGCGCUGAGGGAGCGAGCACGAGCGAGAGCCGCUUGCAAGGCAUCUACCUACCCCCUUCGUCUGCAAGCGCGCCGCUCGAGUCGACGAGUGACUCGCUCGAGCUCUCGCCCACGGACGCACGGCAGCGGACGACGAUCCACGCCCUGGCUCCCCUCGCGAGGCUCGUGAGCUACAGCAGCAGGCUCAGGGCCCUCACAGCUGGCUCAGGCACAUUUACGAUGCGCCUUUCUGGCUUCCAGACCGUCGGUGCGGAUCGAGAAAGGGAAAUCUUGACCAGCCUCGGUCGCAUGUAG